GAUACGUGCCUCAGUUGAAUAAUGCUACACACAAUAAAGUUGUGAACUGUGCAUCCGUGGCUCAUCGUGUAUUCCGUGACAUUCAUUAUCUUACAUGGUGUCAGAAGUUGGCCAUGGCUAUGGCUACACCACCGUUUGAGCACCCAAGGAUCGACUGGGAUGCGGCUGAUUUAUAUCAAGAAUUCAGCAGGUUUCGAAGUCACGUUGCCUUCGUGUUUGAUGGACCCCUAUCCGAGCUAAGCGGGAAGCAACAGGCCGGCUGGCUAGGUAUGUGGAUAGGAGAGCAAGGCAGGGAAAUUUACAAAACUCUGACCUGGGCUGAUGGAGAUAAGGAGGAUCCGGAAAAAGUACUGGACAAGUUUGAAGCCUACGUUAGACCGAGGAAGAAUAAGAGGAUCGCUCGUCACCGCUUCAAACAGAGGAAACAAGGUACGAGUGAGGGAUUUGACAACUUUGUGAAAGACUUACGAAUACUGUUGAUGGACUGUGAAUAUACAAACCCAGAUGACAUGCUUAUCGAUGGCAUUAUCGCCGGUGUCUAUGAGAAAAAAGUACAAGAACGAUUGCUUGACCAAGGGGAAACGUUGACGCUGGUUAAGGCUUUAGAAAUUGCGCAGCAAUAUGAAAUGUCCCGAAAGCAAAUGAAAAUUGUCCGCGAUGAAUCCUCAUGCUCGCAAGUGUCUAUGGUAGCGGAAAACGCGCCACCCAGAGCUGCUAGUCAAAAUCGGAAAACUCGCUAUCCCCCCGAGCGUUCAAGGUUUGCUCAGCAGAAGCCACUAGCCUCCUGUCCUAGCUGUGGCAAGCACCCCGAGCAUAAGUGGAACGAUGGAAAGUGUCCAGCCAAAGGCUCUACAUGCUCGUACUGCCACAAAGCGAACCACUGGAUGGCUGUGUGCCGCAAACGUGCUGUUCAUUCGCUUGACGUAGCAGAGCACGAGACAGAUGAAGAGAUUCUAAACAUUAGCCUGACUGACACUGUACACCCUGUUAACUCGCUAGCAGCUGAUAAAUGGGCGAUACACGUGAACAUUCUGUCUCAGGAAGUCCCGUUUAGAAUAGAUACUGGAGCCAAAUGCAAUACUCUGACUCUGAGCAGCUACCAGAAGCUCGUACAUGCAGGUGAGUUGAAGCGCUCCAACAAGCUGCUGCGCUCUUACUCAAAUCACAAGCUCAAGCCAGUAGCUGCAGUUGAUCUGCCAAUUCGCCAUAAAGAGCAAACAGUGAAGGCCGAAUUCGAGAUAGUGGAUAUUGCCCAGGAGAGUGUACUUAGUGGGUCCACAGCUGAAGCUUUAGGCUUGAUAGCAAGACUUAACUCCCUGCAUGCCACCUCUGAGAAACGGCAGUGCAAGGCCAGCCUUUCAGAGGCUAUCCCACAAGGCCUAUGUGACUUUCCUGAACUGGUUCGCACAACAGGGACCUUACCUGGCAAGUACACAAUAAAAAUUCAGCCGAACGCCAAAGGGGUUGUCCAUCCUGUGCGCAGGCAGCCCGCCGCGCUUAAAGAAAAGAUUGUGCAGAAACUACAUGAAAUGGAGGAAGAUGGAUACAUUGCUAGGGUGGAGCAGCCCACUGAAUGGGUCAGCUCUAUGGUGGCAGUCUACAGGGGAGACAAGAUCAGAAUCUGCAUAGAUCCCAGCGAUCUCAAUAAAGUAAUCAAAAGAGAGCACUACCCAAUGCGGACCGUAGAGGAAGUUGUGGCCUCCAUGCCGGGCGCACAGAUCUUCUCUGUCCUCGAUGCCAAAUCGGGUUUCCUCCAAAUUGAACUGGAUGAAGAGUCCUCAGUACUCACAACUUUCAACACGCCCAUUGGCAGAUUCAGGUGGCUAAGGCUACCAUUUGGCAUCAAAUGUGCACCUGAAAUAUACCAGCGCAUCAUGGAUGGCAUGCUUGAGGGCAUCACGGGAGCCAUAGCCAUCAUGGAUGACAUAUUGAUUGCAGCCCCCAGCGUAGAAGUGCACGAUGAAAUCCUGCGCAAGGUGAUUGAGCGAGCAACCAGCUACAAUUUAAAGCUGAAUUUCAAUAAGUGCCACAUUCGCCAAAGCCAGGUGUCAUACGUGGGCCACUUACUGACUGCAGAUGGUCUGAAACCAGACCCAGCCAAAGUCGAAGCUGUCAGAGCCAUGGCAGCACCCACUGAUAAAGAAGGGAUACGCCGAUUCCUGGGAUUUGUCACAUAUCUGUCCAAAUUCAUACCCAACCUGAGUGAAGAAGAUGCACCUCUGCGACAACUUCUUAAAAGCAAUGUGGAAUUCUCAUGGCAACCAGCACAGGAAAAAGCCUUCGCCAGGCUCAAAGACCUCUGUUCGCAUCCUCCAGUACUGAAGUACUUUGAUCCAGCGCAGCCUGUGGACAUAUUCUGUGACGCCAGCAGCAGUGGGUUGGGCGCUGUACUACUGCAAGACAAUCAUCCAGUCGCUUUCUCAUCCAGGUCUCUGACGGAUGCUGAGACUCGCUAUGCGCAGAUAGAAAAAGAGACGCUGUCUAUCGUCCACGCAUGCGCCAAAUUCCAUAAUUACAUCUUUGGCAAGCCCGUCACAGUGUAUAAUGACCACAAGCCACUGGAGGAUAUUUUCAAAAAGUCCCUCCUGGCUACACCCAUGCGCAUUCAGAGGAUGCGCCUCCGCCUGCAAUGGUACGAUUUGACGGUCAGAUACAGGAAAGGGAAGGAUAUGGAGCUGCCAGACACACUGUCAAGAGCCCAGCUGCCAUACAACACUCCAGAGCUGAAGGAGUUGGAGUGUGUGUCCAUGCUGAACUACGUGGCUGUGAGUGGGGAGAGGUACGCGGAGCUCAAGGAGUGCACAGAGAGGGAACUUAGCUCUCUGCAGAAUACAAUACAGCGCGGAUGGCCAUUGAAAAGGAGGAAGGCACCAGCAGCUGUCCAGCCGUACUGGGACUCAAGAUCCCAGCUUGCGAUAUGCGAUGGAGUGAUAUACAAGGGGCUGCGCAUAGUUGUCCCACCCACUAUGAGGCAACGCAUGUUAAAGCUCAUACACCAAUCUCACCUUGGAAUGGUGAAGAAUAAGCGAAGAGCGCGGGAAGUACUUUACUGGCCAGGCAUGAAUGCUCAGAUAGAGGAAAUGGUGAGAGAUUGCACCAUGUGCGCAGAAUACCAAAAUAGGCUACCCAAAUUGCCACUGAAACCGACAGAAACUCCUGAGCUUCCCUUUGAACAGGUGGCCUCAGACAUUUUUGAGUUUGAAGGCAAACAUUACAUUAUUUUAGUGGACUAUUUUUCAAAGUUCAUUGAGGUAGAUGAACUAAAAGACCAGCGCAGCCGCACCACCAUCGAGGUGCUGAAAUCUCAGUUCAGUAGACAUGGCAUCCCCGCCGUCAUUCGAACAGACAACGGGCCGCAGUAUGGAUGUGAGGAGUUCAGAGAUUUCUGUCAAACUUAUGGCAUUGUGCAUCAGUCCUCAUCCCCUCACACUCCUCACUCUAACGGAGAGGCAGAGAGAGCAGUGCAAACGGUGAAAAGAAUGUGGAACAAGGCUUCAGAUAAACACUUGGCCCUGCUCAACUACAGGACGACCCCCCUAGAAUCAGUGGAACUGUCUCCUGCACAGCUCCUGAUGGGUAGGAGACCCAGGAACCAACUCCCUGCUGCCCGACAGCUGCUGAUUCCCAAGGCGUACGACUCCUCUAAAGUCAGAGACAUACUCGACCGAUCCAAAGCCCUCCAGAAGCAUUACCAUGAUAGAAACAGAACAACUCCACACCGCUCGACACUGCAACCGGGAGAAGAGGUGAGGAUGCAACCAUACCCAGGCAACAGAAAGUGGUCUCCGGCAGUCGUCAUCCGAAAACACAGCGCGCCCAGGUCCUACGUCGUGGACCAUGGUGGUAAGGAGUUCCGCCGCAACAUACAGCAUCUCCGAAAGAGCACAGCAACGGCCAACCAGUCGCGACACUUCAUGCCAGACGACACAUGGGGAGAACCGGCCACCGAUCCAGAUCCAGCCGUCCCGCCAGGCCCAGCCAUCCUUCCGGUCGUCCAGCCAGGUCCAGCCGUCCAGCCAGGUACACCCAUCGACAGAGCAGGCUGAAGAAAGGGAGAUGUAAUGUAUUGUUCCACCACUGGGUGGCACUAGCAGUCUAGUAUAUAUAUUAGGUCUGUCUUGAUACGUGCCUCAGUUGAAUAAUGCUACACACAAUAAAGUUGUGAACUGUGCAUCCGUGGCUCAUCGUGUAUUCCGUGACAUUCAUUAUCUUACAGUU